UAUCCUGACCACCUGGAUAGUGACCUGGAGACUCCGGGAAGGCAGGACCUGGGUCUGACCCAUCUCCAUGUCCCCAGCAACGCUGCAUCCCCAGUCAGCCUCAGAAGAUACUCGCUGAAUGGCGGCCAAACAUGGAGGCAACCCCUCUGGCCUUCACCCCUCUUUCUCCUCCUACCACUGACUUCACACCACCCACCCUCCAGGGGCUUCAAUGCCCACUAUGACUUCAUGCAGCUGGCCUGUGAGAGGCAGUCAGGUGGUUGUCCACGGCUACCGGUCUUUGAUGUCCACUGUGACUUUCAGGAUCACAAGCCCUUUUGUACCUACCAUGCCUUCUCCACCCAUGAGACCCUCAAAGCCCAGCACGUCUCCAGCAUCCACUGGACCCUCGAUGUGCCCCGUGCCUCCCAAGCCUCCGGCCUCCUUGAAGACCACCAAAUCGGCAAAGCCCAACAGUGCUUCAGUGCCCACCAAGCCAUCAACAGCCCCUAACUCGGUCACAAGCCCAAGCAGUUCUAGGUCUCCCAAGUGGGCAAGUACGAAGACAGCUGCUUCUAAACAGUCCAGCAGCAAGUCCCGAGCCCGCAAUGGGACAAGAACACCCAGCAAAGCCAGCACCGACACCAGGGUGAGGAAGGCCAGCACCGACACCAGGGCGAGGAAGGCCAGCACCGACACCAGGGCGAGGAAGGCCAGCACCGACACCAGGGCGAGGAAGGCCAGCACCGACACCAGGGCGAGGAAGGCCAGCACCGACACCAGGGCGAGGGAGGCCAGCACCGACACCAGGGCGAGCGAGGCCAGCACCGACACCAAGGCCAGCAAGGUCAGUGGGGUAAGACUCCACCAGCGGAGGGGCACACACAGCCGGGGCAGAACUCCCAGAAGAAGGGGAAGCCGCAGCUCCAAGAGGUCACCCAGCAGAGCCAGCACUACCAGCAGGAUGAGAACUCAUGGUGCCACCCCAAGUGUGCCCAACAGGAUGAGAACUCCUACUUCCCAGAAAAAACAGAGUGGGAGCAAGAGUUGCAGCCGGCCUAGAAACAACAACCGAGAAAGAAAUAAGAGCCAGCUUAGAAGUGUGAGCAGAGAGAAGAGUUACAGCCCACCAGGAGCCUCAGGCAUGGGGAAGAGUUCUGGGCUGGCUAUAACCCCAAGUAGGGCAAAGAGUUAUAGCCCCGCUGGAACUCCCUUCAAGGAGAGAGGUUCCAGCCAGUCUCCAUCAACAUCAAGGAGGGUAAAGAGUUAUAGUCAGACGGUCACCCCUGGCAGGGAAUGGAGUUACAGCCCAAGUGAAGUAUCUAGCAGGCUCAAGAGUUACAACCAGGAUACUGCACCCAGCAGGACCCAGGGUCACAGCCGGUCUAGCACCCCCGGCAGGAACCAGAGUCAGAGCCAGUCUAGCACCCCCAGCAGGACCCGAAGUGAGAGCCCGUCUAGCACCCCCAGCAGGACCCGAAGUGAGAGCUGGUCUAGAAUGCCCAGAAGGGCAAGAAGUCAUAGUAUGGUGAGAAGUCACAGUUGGAAGAGAAGUCACAGUAGAGCACGAAGUCGCACCCGGAAAGGAACUCCCAGUCAGAUGAGAAGACACAGCCAAUCUAGAAUCCACAGCAAGGGGGGAAACUAUAACCAAUAUAGAAUGCCCAGAAGGGAAAGAAGCCCCAGCCAGGAGAGAGAUCACAGACGAUCGAGAACAGUCAGCCAGGAGAGAAGUCAUAGCCCAUCUGGAACCUCCCACAAAGAAAGAGAUCACAGCCGAUCUAGAACUUCCAGCAGUGAAAGAGAGCACAGCCAAACCAGAACCCCCAGAAAAGAGAGAAACCACAGCCAACUCAGAACCCCUAGAAAUGAGAGAGAUCACAGCCAAUUCAGAACCUUCAGAAAAGAAAGAGAUUGCAGCCAAUCCAGAGAGGAGAGAGGUCACAGCCAAUCUAGAACCCCCAGCAACGAAAGAGACCACAGCCGAUCUAGAACCCCUAAUAAGAAGAGCAAUCCUGGCCAAUCUACAACCCCCAAAAGUCUCAGCCAGAAGGAUUCCACUAGCAGGGCACAUAGUCCCAGUCAGAACAGAACACCUAGCAAGACAAGGUGCCCUUCCCCCUCCAGAUUUCUCAGUGGAGCCCCAAUUCCAAACCAGGAUGAUAUUCAAGGUAACGCCGCCAUCUCUAAGGCUGCCUCACCUGGAGAGAGGUCCUCAUCGUCUUCUUCCAAGCUGGCAUAG